CUGAGAGGUGGGCUGCAGGAAACACCACAACACGGCCGCGGAUCAUCAUCUUUUGCUGGAGAAUAUUCGCCAUCGGCGGGAUUUUGGAGAGGAGGUGGAGGCGGGAGGAGGCGGACUGCGACUGCGGCUUCAGCUCUCCACGCGCCGGGACACCGGAGGCUGCCGCAGCCCCCUGACCGGGACCAUCCAUCCGCAGCCAGAGCCCAGAGGAGUCCAGUGACCACUGCCCCUGUGACGGCGAGUGUCCCAGCCGAGCCGCCGUAGUGAUGGGAGACAGCAUGUCCAAACGGCUGAAGCUCGUUUCCGUCACAGAAGCAGAGAUGGAGGAGCGCUCGUUCAACAACCCGUACCCGGACUGGGACCAGGGGGUGAUGGCAGGCAGUCCCGGUGCAGAUCCCGACUCCCGCGAUCCGUUUGACACGGAGGGAAAGGUCUGCUCAAGUUUUCAGAGGAAGGUCCAGAGCAAGAUCAAAGACCUCCUCCAGCAGAUGGAGGAAGGCCUGAAGACAGCCGACCCUCAUGACUUCUCCAGCUACACCGGCUGGACAGGAAUUGCUUUGUUAUACCUUCAGCUGCACCGCAUGUCCAGCGACGCAUCCCACCUCCAGAGGGCGCUGGAUUAUGUGAAGAGAGCCAUGCGCAUCCUAAAUGGUAGGAAGGUGACCUUUCUUUGCGGUGACGCUGGACCUCUGGCGGUGGCUGCUGUGGUCCACCACAAACUGAACAACGCUUCUGAGAGCAAAGACUGUGUGUCCAGGCUUUUGCAGCUGCAGCGCUCAGUGCUGAGUCCAGACAAUGAGAUGCCCGAUGAGCUCCUGUAUGGACGGGCCGGCUACCUUUACGCUCUGCUGUACGUCAACAAAGAGAUAGGAGCCAGCACCGUCGAUGAAGGCACCAUUUCCAAAGUAGUGACGGCCAUCAUCGAAUCUGGGAAGAGCUUUUCAGCGGAGCAGAAGAAGACGGAACGCUGUCCUCUGCUCUACGAGUGGCACAAGAAGCAGUACAUCGGAGCAGCCCACGGCCUGGCCGGGAUCUUUUAUAUGCUCAUGCAGCCAUCAGCUAACGUGCACCCUGACAUGCUGGCAGAGCUGGUCCGUCCGAGCAUCGACUACGUUCGCCACAAGAGGUUCCGCUCCGGUAACUUCCCUUCAUCUCUGAGUAAUGAGAGUGAUCGACUGGUGCACUGGUGUCACGGAGCCCCGGGCGUCAUCCACUUGCUCAUCAUGGCUUACAAGGUGUUUAAAGAAGAGAAGUACCUGAAGGAGGCAGCAGAGUGCGCCGAGGUGAUCUGGCAGAGGGGCCUGCUCAGGAAAGGCUAUGGCAUCUGCCACGGCACCUCGGGGAACGGCUACGCCUUUCUGUCCAUGUACAAGCUAACGCAGGAGAAGAAGUACUUGUACCGCGCCUGCAAGUUUGCCGAAUGGUGCUUGGACUACGGGACCCACGGAUGCCGCAUCCCAGACAGACCCUACUCCCUGUUUGAAGGCAUGGCGGGAGCCAUCCACUACCUGUCUGAAAUCGCCACUCCCGAGACGUCCUGUUUCCCCGCUUUUGAACUUUGACCUGCUGACAGCGGGACUGAAGCAGUGUGACAAAAGCCCUGAGGUGAAGAUGUACGCGGAUGGACGGCCUUCCUUCUGCUCCCGACGCGCCGGAGCGGACUUGCCACGUCAUCCUCAGCCUUUAACUUCCAGCCGAUGAGGAGGUUCUGUGUUGUCGUGUGGUGAACUGCAUGGUCUCUAAUCCUGUUGGUGUGCUGAUGAUGCCAUCUGCCCACAAGUGUUUCUCACUUCCGUCUCUUCUUCCGUCGUCCCGACACUCGAUGCGUUGCUGCCAUGAGUGUUGAGUUUCUAACCCUCGACCUUUGUGAGCAGUGCUCAUGACUAGGGGAGUUAAUGAACCUUCACAUUUGCGAGGAAAAGUUUACCAGCACCGACAUAUUUGUCCUCUUUUGGUUGCCACGGUGACGCUUUGAGUUUUCCAGGAGCUGGACUUAAGCACAGUGAGAAAUAAAGUUGAGAAGACAGAGGAGGUGUGACAGUCCCGACAGCACAUGAAUGCACAUGAAUGCCUGGUUCUCUGGUGGAGAGCUCUCCCUUUAAUGUUGGUGCAUGUUCACACCCGUGUGUCUAACUGUGACGUGUUACGUGUGCAAUGAAGGACCUCAUGUAUCAGCAGUGUGAAACUUCCCAUUUGCUCCGGUUUAGUUGGAAGUCCGGCGGCCAGGUUGGCCAGAACCGAUGCUCAAUUCUGAGUGGUGUCCAACCCUUCACAUGAGUCAGGGAAUUGCGAAAUGAUGAAUUUAGCUCCGACAUUAAUGCGUGUUCGAACGUUGCUACCAGGAAGAGGCCUGCUAUCUUUUAAUAGGUUAUUAUGAGUACAAUACUCCUUCGUACGUCCAUUUUCUGAGCUGCGGACACGGCGCGGAAUUGAUUUGUUCUCCUGAGAGAGGAAGAGAUUUGGGUUGUAACUCACGUUUUAGUUCAGUUCUAAGCUUUUGUUUUCAUAUUCAAGAAAUGUUUCAAGAAACUGAUAGCUGAGAGAUUUGCGUCUUAUGAUUAAAAUCUGGCGUUUUUGUUGUCGCCAAUUCAGUAAACUUUCCCCUCUGAUUCACUGUUUCUCUAUCGUGUCUAUUUUUUUUUUUAAAUCCUAGCGGAAACCCUGAUCUGGUUCUAUGGUUCUCAGAGCGGCGCUGCUGUUCCUAUGUAAUGGCAGCGUAGGUGGUCCUUCCUCUCACUCCUAGCUCUCCAACUGCUCGUUCUUGGGAACCUUUUCCGUACGCAAAAGUGCGCGUCAGCUCCGGCUCUGUCAAUGACUCCAGUAAACAACCCCACCGACGUCACUGUCCUGAUACAUGAGGCUCUGGAGACUUCAUUUGAAACGUUACCUGCUGUGUUUUGUUGGUGUCCAGAUGGAAACGUGCCUCGUCUGUGUAUCGGUGUCUGAAUCGAUGGAUGAACUUGUGGUCUUCUUCUUCUUCCCCUUCGUGUGUGUCUCACUGAUUUGCUGUCACUUAUGAUCCCUUUAAACAUGCUGCUUUCCCAAACUGUUGUCGAGCUUGUUGUGUUAUAAAUGAGCAAAUAAAUUUCUACCAAAGUGAUCAUUCCGAGUGUUAAU